UCCGCUCUCUGACUCCGCGGCGCCUCAUUCACUAGAAGAUGGCGGACUGUGCUCCACUAUUAGAUGAGGAACUCUCGUCCUUUGUCUUCAGUUACCUGACAGAGAACUCCGGCGCUCAGUAUGGGGAGGAGGAGGUGUGUUCGGACCGUUUGGACGCCGACUUCCCAGACAUCGACCUCUUCCAGUUGGACACCAGUGAUUUCGACAGCGUCAGCUGCCUCAGUGAACUACAGUGGUGCAACGAUCAGCCAGCGGGCGCGUCACCAGCUUCUAUCCAUUACAGUACAACUGAUGAACUUUUUGAGAUAGAAGAGGAGAAUGCGGCUCUGCUCGCCGCUCUGACUGACAGCCUAGAUGGCAUGGUGGAUGGCGAGGUGGGCGGACUUUCCGUCUUUCCUGCUCUGGGGGAGGAGCCUGACCAGGAAGGGGAAGAAGAUGACAGCCUUCCUCUGAGUGCGGAGGACUUCAGGGCUUCCCUGGGCCCAGAGGCAGAGGAUCCAUCUCUACUGAAGAAGCUUCUGCUGACUCCCCUCAAUGUGCCCAUGGGCGUUGACACACUCAAAGAUGGAGUCCAUCAUUGUCAUAGCAACAGGAGCCUUCACUCAAGGCCUGUCAGACCUCAGGUCAAGAUUGAUGUCCCUCAGGAGACAAAGCCACGUGUGGUGCGUCCAGCUGGACGCCUGUGCACCGAGCUCCACCGCCACCUCACCACCACACGGAACGCUGAGGAGACUACGGCCCCUGACACUGAUGAAGACGAGGAGGAGGAGGAGGAUGAGGACAGUGAGUCGGAGGACGAUGAGGACGAGGAGGAGGGGGAGUCUUCCAGUAGUGAAAUGGAAGGUGGUGUGGUCAUGUCCACAGCCCUCCCUGAGCCAGCCAAGCCUCAGUUCAGCUCAGAAAAAGAACUGCAGUCAGUGGUGGAGCUGAUCAGGUACAUGCACACCUACUGCCUCCCCACACGGAAGCAGCAAGGCUGGGAGCGCCGAGACCGGGACAUUCUGGGUUUGGCUCGCAGCAGGACCCGACACGAGUCCUCUCGCCCGGCCACAACAAACUCUCAUGGCAGAGUCGUGUUGGUUGCUACAUCCAGCACUAGUGGAACCUUCAGUGGGAUGAGCAACAGUGGCCCAAGGAGGCUUCCCUUCACCAGGAGGAGGGAGGUGAAAGCCAACUCCCUACUACGCGAGCUCCUGCAGCAGAGCAGCUCAUUUGACGUAAGCAAGCCUUACAGACUGCAUAGCCCACCAUACUCCCACUGUCCGAACUCUGCCCCAAGAGCCUCAACCCAACCUCCCAACUUCCCCAACCCUAAUCUGGAGAUUUGUAAAGACUCCUCUUCCCCUGAUCGAAAAAACUCCUCCUCUGUGGCACCACAAAACCUUGAGUUAACCACAAAGAACAGUGGCUCUUUUUCAGUUCGGCGGUCCUUACGUUUGGCGUCCUUCCCCAGUCGCUUUGCCAAGCGUCUGUGGUCGGAACAUGUGAGUGAUAGAGAAAGGAGGCACAAAGAGGAAGAGCAUGAGGGACGAGUGAGGGUCAGACUCCUCCCAAUCCAAGCAGGAGGACGAAUCACAACGGAGAAUCAACAAGAGCAGUUAACUUUAGUCGACAGCCACAGGGUGAUGGAGCCGACCAAACCGUGCUGCCACACAGAAAAAAGAGUUUGUCUCUGCCUGCCUCUGAACCCCAAGUCCACUGGAGAGUCCCAGUACGGCACCAAGCCCUUUGAGCAGACACUCAGUGUGGAUCUAUGCGGAACUGCAGGUCUCACGCCACCCACCACCCCGCCUCACAAGCCUGUGGAAGAUGAGCUCUUCAAGCCGGGAGGGGAGUGUGGAGGAGGGACAAGCGGAGGCAGCGGCAGUGAUGGCGAAGGAGGCGGCGACAAGUCCAUCAAUGCCAACGUUACCACAAAGGGUUCGUCCUGGCUCAGCCGCUCUCACCAGCGGAAGCUUCCAGAGCAGACUGAGCUCUAUGCCCAACUACAGCGUAUGGGUCAAGUCAGUGAUGGAGAAACCUGCCACAGUUUUGGCGACCACGACUACUGUGCACUGAGCCUUGGAGAGAGCCGCAAGCGCAGCACUGCCAUACUGGGUGCCAUCUUACAGGCACAAAGAGAAAGUGAAGCAGGAAGCACCCUUGUGCCUAAAGCUUCCAGUGAGGAGGGAUCAGCGGAGAAGGGCGGUGACAGGGUGGAGCCAUCAGACAUCAUCCCAGAAAAGCCACAGGAGCUCCAAACGGUGACGCCAGUCAUCUCGUCAUCGCCACCGUCAGACUGCCAGCUGGCUGAUGCAUCACCGCCAGCUUCAGAGGAAGAGGCGGAGCACUCGUCAGCCUCUCGCUCGCCAUCGCCAAUCCUGCACUUAUGUCCAGACUCUCCAGCCAGCAAGACCGAUUCCAGUGAGAACUCUGAGAUCUGUCCUGAAGAGGAGCAGAGUAACAAAGUCACGCCAGAUGAGGACGACUGCCAGGUGUUCUGCAUCCACAACCUGCCAAGCAGUGUGACCCAGAACAUGCUGAGGAAACGCUUCCAGGUUUUUGGCAAGCCAGAGGACUGCAAAGUCAUCAUCUGCAACAAGGAGCGCUGUGGAGUGAUCAAGAUCCGGCAGUCUGGCAGCCAAAGACACCAUAGAGAUCAGGAGACAGUUUCCCAGAAUGGAAUUGUGGGCUUGAGGAGGCUGAUGAGAAAACGCUACAUAGAUAUGGGUAAGGGAUGCAUACAGGAACAACAGGAGCUGAAAUAUUAA